AUGACCGUGAGCUCGAUGCGACUACAUAUCACACCGUUUAGCCCUGAUCUCCUCCGCGCUAUAGUCGGCCCUCGUUUACUCGACCAAGUCUCCAAUUUAUCCUUCCACACGAUCCAAACGUUUCCUGAGAACAAUUACGGCUACUUCGACUUGCCCAUUAUGGAAGCAGAAAGGAUAAAAAAGAAGCUCAACGGAGCCAUCUUGAAAGGCAAGAAGAUCAAAAUCGAAGAAGCGCGGCCUACCAAACGCAAGAAUUUUGAGGAAACCACGGAGGAUUCGUCCCAACUAGAGCCUAGCACGGCUGCAAAGAGGUCUAAGACGGAGCGCAAUGUCAUCCUGGGUCAUGAGCUUUCCGCAAAUCGCAAGGUAAAGCGCGGCUGGACCGAAGCCGACCGAACCAAAUCAGGCAAAAAGGGCAAAGGAAAAGUCUCGUCGACUACUUCGAAAUUCACAGACAAGGAUGAGCUCUUAUUUCGAACAAAGGUCCCUCCAAACAAAACCGAGUCGGGGAAAAGGGGGAAAUCUAAGAAGAAUCUUGGCCAGCACGUGGUACACGAAUUCGAGCACUCGACGACACAGCCUUCCUUCCUCCGACAAGACGACCCUGAAGGCAGCAAGGGAAAUUUGGAAUAUGUGGACGGAACGGGGUGGAUUGAUGAGGCCGGACGAGUUGUUGAACCUGAAAGUGAACGUAUAUUGGCUAGGAAAGAGGCUCUCCAAGGACGAGUCGGAGAUGAAAACACAAAAACUCCCUCAGACCACUCGUCAACGACGUCUGACUUGUCCUCUGACGAUGACAAAAAUGACGCCAAUAGGCAGAAUAUUGACGAAACCAGCAGUUCAGGCUCAUCGUCCGAGACCGCAUCCGUUUCCGAGGCAGACGAAGAUACGGAUGCUAGUGCGGUAGACGAAGAUAGAGCAGGCUCGGGUGCAGCUAGCGACCUGGAGCCCAGCGCGCCACCGGAGGUUCAUCCGCUCGAGGUUUUGUUCAAAAAGCCAAGCAAGCCUGCCUCGCAGGAUAUAGCAAAGCCAUCCUUGGAGAUCUCGACGUCGUUCUCAUUCUUUGACGCCGGCAAUGAAGAUGAUGUUGAUGAAGCGGCUACUAUGCCGGGGACACCAUUCACCACACAAGACCUGCGGUCGAGGGGACUCCGAAGCGCCGCGCCCACCCCCGAUACAGCGCACCCGAGCCGGUUCAAUAGCUAUGACAGUUCGGGACUUCCUGAUGACGAGGAAUCGGAAGAUGAUGACGAUAAUGCGGAUGGCGACGGUACUCCCGGAAGCUCUCUCGAAUUAAAGAAGCCAGUUAUAGAGACACCAUCUCGCAAGCAGAGCGAGUUUGAGAAGAAUUUCUGGCAGAACCGAGGAGAGAACAAUCGAGCUUGGAAGCUGAGGCGAAGGAACGUGUUGAAAGAAAAACGGCAGCGGGAGAACAAGGCACGCCGCCCGAAGAACUGGUGA